AUGAGGGCCUUCAGGUUUCAGUUGUUACAAGGCGCUCGCCAAAUACAGUCUCGAUUGGCCCGUCAAUCCAACUUGAGCCGCCUAGGAUGUCGAGCCUAUGCGCCAACUUCACAAUGGCGCCGUUCGAAUAGCACUGAGUCGACAGGCAAAGAGAAGCCAUUUUAUGUGACAACGCCAAUCUUUUAUGUCAAUGCUGCUCCUCAUAUUGGUCAUCUGUACACCAUGGUUCUGGCCGAUGUCAUUAAACGAUGGAAGCAAAUCAGCGGCCAUGAGGCCUACCUCGCUACAGGUACAGACGAACAUGGCAUGAAGAUUCAACAGGCAGCUUUGGGGGUAGAAAUACCACCGAAGGAAUUCUGUGACAAUAACGCCCAUAAGUUCAAAGACCUCGCCGAACAUGCCAACAUCUCGCACGAUUUCUUCAUCCGAACCACCGAUCAAGAACAUAAAGACGUUGUACAGCAGUUCUGGCUCCUUCUCAAGGCUCGCGCACCUGAAGGCUUGGGCCUAUACAAGGGGAAGCAUGAGGGAUGGUACUGUGUCAGUGAUGAGUGCUUCUAUCCCGAAGAUCUUGUCCAGUCAAGCAUUUCUCCUCAGACAGGGCGCAAGAUAAUGGUCAGCAAAGAGUCAGGUAAUAAGGUUGAAUGGGUUCGGGAAGAUACGUGGUUCUUCCCGCUGUCCAAGUAUAAGGAGAAGUUGCUUCAGUUCUAUGACGAGAACCCGAAUUGGAUUCAACCAGCUGAUCGUAUGAAUGAAGUGCGCAACUGGGUUCAAGAUCAUCUUGAGGAUCUCUCCGUCACUCGCCCUGCGAAAAGACUGAGCUGGGGAGUCAAGGACCCCGAAGAUCCCGACAAUACUAUCUACGUUUGGGUGGAUGCUCUUGUUAACUAUCUGACCACGUCUGGAUUCGGCACAAAGUGGCAGGUUGGUGAUAAAGAUACGGGAAUAUGGCCAGCAGACAUGCAUGUGGUCGGCAAAGACAUCAUUCGCUUUCAUGCGAUCUACUGGCCUGCUCUUCUCAUGGCCGCAGGCCUUCCUCUACCCAAGAAGAUCCUCUGCCACAACCACUGGACCAUGUCGAACCGCAAAAUGUCAAAAUCUGUUGGCAACGUCGUCAACCCUUUCUUCGCUGUUCAGCGCUGGGGGCUCGACGCUCUGCGAUAUUUUCUCAUGCGGAAUGGUAAUUACAAAAGCGACUCGGACUACGCGAACGAAUCUAUCGCUGCUAUUUACGAGAAGGACCUUCAAGCCAAUAUUGGCAACCUGUUCAACCGAAUUGCUCGAGUCAGGAAGGUUGCAUGGAGUACAAUUGAGGCAGUCGAAUUUGCGAAGGCUGGGAGGUUUGAGAACCUUGGGGAGAUCUUGUCUACAAGUUCUCCUAUCUUUUUAAGUCUCGAGAAGAGUCUGCAAAGCCUACCGGAGGAAAUUCGAACCCAUAUGGAUCAGAAUCAAGUGAACCAUGCCCUACAGCAUAUCUUUUGGCUUCUCCAGGACACCAACCGCUUUGUUUCAGAAACCGAGCCAUGGAAGAUUGUGAAAGAGCAGGAUGCGAAUGCGCGAACCCGCCUCAACUGGGUCAUCUACCGAUCCGCCGAAGCUCUGCGAAUCGCAGGAAUCCUUUUACAGCCCGUCAUGCCCGAAAAGGCUACGCAGCUGCUCGAUGGUCUAGGUGUCAAGCCAGAGCGACGGACUGUCGAGUAUGCUCGCCCUGACGCUGACCUCGAUUAUGGCACAGAAGCUGCAAUUGUGAGUCAAAAGCCUGAUGCCUUUGGUUCUAUGUUCCCUCCUGUCGCGGGCAUUGAGCUGCCUGAUUUUGAAGUUGUGGCUGGGAUGGAAGGGCCAAAGAAUCGAUUGGGUCGUGUGGUGUUGGCAAUGGCGGAGGAGAUUCAAAAGGCUCGAGAGGGGGAGAAAUGGAGAAUAGAGAAAGUGAGACAAAAGAAGCUGAGACUAAAGAAGGAGGCCGAGGCUAAAGAAUGA